AUGGCGCCCCUCGCCACCGAACCGCGCCAGGUUCUCACCGUCCUGAACCUAGCCCGGCGCAAGGCCCUGUACACGCUCCUGAUCGAAAUCACGGCCUUCAUGCGCUCGCAGCUCGAAUUCCACGAGCUUGCGGGGGGAAACUCGGGCACCGCGCCGCUACUAAUCGACCCCUCGGCCGAGAACAGCAUCAUCAUCCCCGCGGGGGCCGGAGCCACCGACAAGACCCCGCCCAACCCGGCCCUCGUGCGCCUGCGCGCCGCCGCCGUCGAGCAAUUUGACGGUUGGCGCAAGGACGUGCUAGCCCGGCUCAAGGAAGUUCUAUCUGCGCCCGACGACGCCGCCAUUGUCGAGGAGCGCCGCAAGCGCACCGAGCGCAUUGCUCAGCUGCAGCGCCAGAAACAGCAGCAGCAGCAACAGCCGCAACGAGGCGGUAGCAGUGGGUCUGCCGGUCACGGGGCGGAUCUACUCGGCUCGUGGGAUGCGUGGCCGGAGGAGGGCGGGGAUGGUGGGGUAGGGGGGUCGGGGCAGGCGAAGGAUGACGGGGAACAGGAGGACCCCGCCGCGGCCGUGGCGCGUCUGCAGUCGCACUGGCAUCCCAUUCCGACGCGGCUAGUGACCCUGUCGGAGGAGGACCGCAAGGAGACGCUCAGCUGCGUGCUGCUGGUGCUGCUGCUGACGGGCCACUACUCGGCCGACUCAAGAGCGAUGGCCGUCUAUCUCACCUCGGCGCUGGAGCUGCCGUUGGCUGUGUUGAAUGCUGAGGAGGUAGAGAUUGCGGUAUCGUUGGUUGAGAGAUCGGCCGAGGCGGAAAGGCAGCAGCAGACCAUGUCUGCGGAGGCCGAGGCGGAGAAGCGGAGGCAGCAGAAUCAGGCGAGCCGGUACUGGAAGGUUGGGUUGGCCUCGGUGGCAGGGGCUGCUCUCAUUGGGGUUACUGGCGGCCUUGCUGCUCCCGUUGUUGCGGGCGCGAUUGGCGGCAUCAUGGGGUCGGUAGGCCUCGGGGGCGUUGCGUCUUUCCUGGGUAUCUUCUGGAUGAACGGUGCGCUUGUGGGGACGCUGUUUGGCGCAUUCGGGGCGAGGAUGACGGGAGAAAUGGUCGAUCAAUAUGCCAGAGAAGUCAAGGACUUCCGCUUCAUCCCCUUGAAAGACGAGUGGGGCACAAGGGGCAGCAGUAAGAACGACAGGCGUCUCCGAGUAACCAUCGGCAUCAACGGCUGGCUAAGUACGAAAGACGACGUUACCAAGCCAUGGCGCGCCCUCGGUGAUGAUUCCGAGGCGUUUGCUCUGCGGUACGAAAUGGACAGCCUUUUAGGGCUCGGCAAGACAUUGCGGGACUUGGUCUCUUCCUACGCCUGGAACACGGUCAGGGUCGAGAUUCUCAAAAGAACCGUUUUGGCAACGCUGUGGUCUGCUCUUUGGCCAGCCUACCUUCUAUCAGCGGCUUCCAGCGUUGAUAAUCCCUUCAGUCUCGCCAAAAACAGGUCAGAGAAGGCAGGUGAAAUCCUUGCUGACGCUCUCAUCAACAAAGUACAAGGCGAGCGUCCGGUCACGCUUAUCGGCUACUCGCUCGGCGCCCGGGUUAUCUACUCGUGCCUCCGCACCCUCGCCGCGCGGCGGGCUUUCGGCCUGGUCGACUCGGUCGUCUUUAUUGGCGCCCCGGUCCCGUCUAACCGACAGCACUGGCAGAUGAUCCGCACCGUGGUAUCCGGCAAACUCUUUAACGUCUACUCUGAGAACGACUACCUCCUCGCCUUCCUCUAUCGCGCAACUUCCAUGCAGCUUGGGGUCGCCGGUCUACAGGAGAUCAAAGACAUCGAAGGGGUCGAGAACCUGAACCUUACGGAAGAGGUUCAGGGGCACAUGCGAUACGCCAAGAUCAUCUCCAAGAUUCUCGCCAAAUGUGGUAUUCCCGUCGUCCGGGGCGCUGACGGGCCGAUCGAGGAAGACGAGGACAUUAUCAAGCUGAGCGACCUCGACAAGGAGAGCGCGAACCUGAUCGACCUCGACGGCCCAGACCUCACAGCUCCUCCCCCCAGCAUAAGCCAGCCGGCUCGUCCGCCAGUGCAAUCCACACCAGCGCCCCAGCCGCCCACCGCCCAGCGUAGCAAACAGCGAACGACAGUGACCCGGGCAAAAACAUCUACCAUGGCAGUCACCCAGGAUCUACUAGGCCUCGACAUAUCAGACACCCCCGGGCCAAGCCAAGACAGCACACCGAAGCCCGCCAUGCCGCCGCGCCCACCGCAAGCUACCAUUCCGCAACAGAACCCAAGCCCACCCAAGCCAGUAGUACCCUCUAACCAAACAACAAACACCACGCCCCCAACCCCUCAACACAAAACUGCCAACCUCCCACCGUAUGCGGCGCCAACCCGCGCAACAUCCACAGCAUCAGCGCCUGCUGCCCCGCCCUCGCAGAUGCCAGUCCACGCGAGGCCCAUUCUCACGUCCUCAUACAGCCAGAACGCGGUGGACAAUGUUGAUGAUGACGAUGACGACGAUGACAGUGACGAGGAAGGUGGGAUGGGGAUCAAGAUGGUGGAUAAUGAUGAUGGUGGCUUGGAGUAUUGCGACCCGACGCCGCUUGAGGAACAUUCGAGUUGGAGGUGA